AUGGCCUACCUCUCUUCCUCUGACAAAGUCUCCCUCGCAUCUACAUUCAUCCUCCAGUCCCCUCCAGGAGAGGUAAACGACGUCCUCUCCGACCUGCGUCUCGUGAUCGCAGACGAUGCCGCUCUAGAACAAGGGAUCACGCACGCCCUAGAGGAGUAUAACGUCGACCAGCUCGUGGGGGUCGAUGUGCCCGGGGAAGAGUAUAAGAUGGUGUUGAGUGAGAAAGGGAGGUUGCAGACGGAGGACGGCGUAAGGUACCUUGAUCCUCGGGGAGGGAACUCCUACGUUAUAGACCAUAUCAACUUGACUGUCUCCGACCCACAGCCCUACUCUAUCCCAACUUCCCUGGAAACUCUCCGCUCCGGUCUGCAGAAAGCGCUGGACGGUUAUCUUACGCGGCAUUUCGUCCCCCAGCCCAAGCCCGGCACUGCAGAUCCCGCCCUGGGUGAUGCAGCAUGCGCGGUGUUCCCUCCCCUUGUCUCGUCUGACGAGGAGGCCGAGCAGCUGGCGAGUAAGGUAUGGACUAUGGAGAUCGUGAGCAGCCGGUAUAAGCCGAGUAACUAUUGGAGCGGGAGGUGGAGAGCUAGGUGGGAGGUCGAGCCGGAGAAGAUGGAGGUUAGGGGGGAUAUCGCUGUGGAUGUGCAUUAUUAUGAGCAAGGAAAUGUCCAACUGCACACCAAGUUCGCCCCGCACAUCCCACUCCCCUCCGCAUCUGUCACGCCAGAGCAGAUCGUCCAGCUCGUAAUAGACGAAGAAGCGCGGUAUCAUGCCAAACUCACAGAGUCGUUCGAGAAGAUGCGCGAUGGCGGGUUUAGGGGGCUGAGGAGGGUGCUCCCUGUCACGAGGGGAAAGAUGGACUGGGAUAAGGUUCUGGGAUACAAGCUGGGACAGGAGCUUGCUGGGACGAGGUCAACCCCUGUUGUGUGA